AUUAGUGUACAUGAGUCGUGUGUGUGUAGUUGUGGUGUUUAGUUCAGCUGGUAUACACAUGUGCUGUUAAAGUUCUUGAUCAAUUAGGAUUAGCAGCUUCUAGUUUUAGGACACAAAAAUGGCGACUGAAGCCCGGCAUAGAACAAAAUUGAAUGCUCCUAAAGAAGCAAAAUCAAACUUAGAACAGACAGAAACAGAACAAAGACCGAAGUAUUGGGACCCCCUCACAGACGGAGUGAGAUGGAUAGAGAAGUACGCAGAACCUUUGGAGAAGUUCUUCGAAAGGAUACCAGAGUUCAUCAGCACGUUUAUUGCUACGUUAGCCAUCUUCACAUUCGGAGCAACGUUAAGAGGAGAAUGGGUGGUCAUUCUUGUGACAGCUCUGAAGCAGUUUGCGGGACACACGCAGAGCGACAGGAAUGUGACGUCAGAGGAAAUCUUCCAGCUGUUCACGUCUGAGAAGCUGAAGAUGGAGAACUUCGGCAUCAUAUUCAUUGCAGCACACGCUGUGUCACUCUCCGUGUAUUUCUUGAUAGGCGGAUUCUUACAUUGGUACUUCUACAUGAAGCAACGCGACCGCGCGCACGAGUGGAAGAUCCAGCCAACAAAAUGGCUGUCUCCAGAACUGGAGCGCCACGAGAUCAUGGUGGGGACCUUCUCUCUGCUCAUCGUGGGCUCCUUCUCAGCCUUCCUGGCUACGUACAUCUACAACGGGAACCCCUCGACUGUGUACUACCAGUUCGAUGAAUACGGCUGGUGGUGGUUCUUCCUGCAAUUCCCGGUUGUCUUUAUUUAUUCUGACUACACGACGUACAUUCUCCAUCGUCUAUACCACACCCCGUGGCUGUACAAACACUUCCACAAGCUCCACCACAAGUACAAGCAGCCGACCGCGUUCUCAGUGACAGCCAUCCAUCCCUUCGAAAUCAUGCACGUGCAGCUAACCAGCUGCUUGCCGCUCUUCUUGUUCCCAGUGCAUUGGUUCCCAUUCUACAUCAUCGCUCUCUACAACUACUACCACGGCAUCAUCGACCACUCGGGCAUCAACUUCAAGGCGCAGUGGUGGCAGCCGUGGCAGCCCGACGCGGACUUCCAUGACAAACACCAUGAGUUCUUCCACUGCAACUUCGGGUUCAACAUGACGCUUUGGGAUAAGCUCCAUGGAACCAUGAGGAAGAUGAACAGGGUUUACACAGAGGAUACGUACCACGGUGAAGCGCCAGCCAUCGACACCCCUGAAGGCAAAGCCCUGAUUGACAAAGACCCUGAACUAAAAGAAAGCAUUGGCUCAUAGAUAAUAAAGAUUAUUAAAUAUUAAAUUCAUUAAAUGUUAAAUGUGUUCAUAAAAUAUUGUAUAAACAGUUUUGCAGUAAAAUUGUGAUACUCAUAAAUUAAAAUAUCAACAUAAUUAUAACCAAAAUGGGAUAAUUCAAAAAAGUCAUAUUUUUUUACUAAAAACAUGGAUAAAAUUAUUUCUGAUAUUCUGUACAUAGCUUUAAGCAUUUUAAAUAUAGGCAAAUGUACCUA